AUGCCUUGUACACUGCCGGUGUGUUCUUGUCUCGUUUACAUCCUUCUAUUGAAGUCAACUGCCGUCCAUGGAAAGCUCGUCAAUGUUACUAUCGACGAUCAGAGCCCCUCUUUGUUUUAUUCUGACCUCUGGGAGGUCGGCGGGAGUUCGUGCCCAGGUUGCGCCGCAGUACCUAAUGCGUCGCAGGCUAUCUACGGAACAUGGCAUGAUUCCACACAUUAUGCAGACAACGAAACUAAUCCUUAUCCGACACCCAACGUAUCUGCAUCAUUCAACGGCACGGCCAUCUAUGCGAUAUGUAUCCUCACUAGAGCCGCAGCAUGGAAUUCAGAUAUGAGCUUCUACAUCGAUGGCGACUUUGUUGGCGAAUUCGUGAAAACUCCUCCCGGAGAACUAGGCUACGAUUAUAAUUACACCGUGUAUUCCAAUACUUCUAUCCCCCCUGGUCAACACAGAUUCACACUCCAGAACGGACGUGUCGGCGCACCAAUGCGAACAUUAACACUUUUCGAUGCUAUCGUGUACUCGUAUGUCAAUCAUUAG